AUGAUGGAUGGCUGGCGGCAACAUGAGGCGCGGUUUCGCCUUCUGCUGGCGGACUUGGGCUGGACGCGGCAGGAUCUGUUCCCUUCGGUAAAGGAGAGCAGCAAAGAGCCUGAAUUGGUGGCGUGCCCCUACAACCCCAGCCACCGAGUGCCGCCCAGCUCUCUACCCCGUCAUGCCCGCAAGUGCUGCCUUCGCGUGACCGGCCUUCCCCCCCCGGAAGGGCCGGACGGGCCGUCGACGCUGUUCUACGAAGGCGCACCGGGAGUCGUGCGGCUAAGCGAUGACGACGUCACGUACACCACUACGACCACCACCACCACCACAGCAACAGUACCGGCACAGGCCGAUCUUGGGCCUACCGCUGGCGCCGGAGCAGCCACCAGGGGCAAUGAGUUAAGCCUCACCUGCCACACUACACUACAUCAAAGGCUGAGGCGAUACGACGAAGCCACCCAGGCGGCCAAGCUGAUACGACAACAGCGGCCUGAUUGCAAGGGACUCGACAUCGACUUGUUUGCGGUGAGCCAGCCGGCCGCGGCGGCGGACGGCCAGCAGGAUGCGUCGCCAUCGGGCGCCAAGGCUCGCGCGCAGCUGUUGGCCGAGGAGAGGGACUAUCGACGCCGCACGAAGAAGUACCGGGCCAGGAACGUGCACAUCACCAAGCGCUCACCCAUCCAGGUGGCUCGGGACUUCAUCAACAAUCGCAUGGAGGAGCUGGUGGCCAUCAUCGAAGGCGCGCAACCCGCAACUGCAACAGCCGCGGCCCGCGGACCUCGACAUCGCGACAGCGAAAGCCCAGCGCGCGCGACCCACCAAGAAGAAGACAUGGGCAGUGACAGGACGGCCUCCCCGCCCCAUCACCGGCGACCGAGGGAGAUCAUCGACGACCACCGAACCCCCAGGGACAGGAGGCGCGACCUGAACGACUGUGGCGGCGACAAAGACGAAGAAGAGGCAAGGCCGAGCAAGAGACAGCGAACGCCAGCGAGAGAAAGAGACAACGACAACAGCAGAGGCUGCACAGACCGGCACCACCGGCGCACGAGGCGAAGGGAGGACAGGUGA